GUGGGUCCGUGGGUCAGUCGUUGCGAAGGGAAGGGCCGGUGGUGUCGUUCGCGUGUAGAGCAUCUCUCCCCCGCCGUCGUAGCCACAGCCCGCGAGCCGCGUCGUCCCCGCCCCGCCCGGUGAAUGCCGACCCCCGUCGAGAGCAAGCCGCAACCCCCCUUCCGCAGCCGCCCCGUCAAGAGCCCCCCGGAGGACAAAAUGGCCGAGCCCCAGGUCGCCGCCCCCGCCGCCGACGAGGAGCCCGCGGAGAGGCCGCCGCACGUACCCCUGCCGCCGCUGGACCAAGACCUCCUGGCCAUGCCGCCGGAGGAGUACUGGGUCUCCGACCUGCGCUGGAUCGUGCCGCAGCAGCUGGCUGUGGUGCGCGCGCCGAGAAACAGGGAGCACCUGGAGGCGCUGGUGCGCGAGAACAUCGUGCACCUCGUCACCCUGUCCCCGGACGCCAUGCCCAAGCCCGAGGACUUCCCCAACAAGAUCAAGUCCACCGUCAUCCCCGUCGAGGAGUUCGACAUGCCCACGGACGAGGCCGUGAACCAGUUCAUUGAACUCUGCGAGAAGGCGCAGCAAAAGAAGGAGGCCGUGUGCGUUCACUGCAGACAGGGCCGCGGGCGCGCGGGCGCGUUCGCCGCCUGCUGGAUCGUGCGCUUCCAGGGCAAGAUCCCCGAGGCCGCCAUCUCCGCCGUGCGGAUGCUGCGGCCGGGUGCCCUGGAGACCCUCGGACAGGAGCGCGCCGUGAAGCGGCUGCACGACAGGCUCAAGAAGAACCCGCCGGCCAAGUAGUCCCCCCCCCCUCCCUCCUCUCGUCCCCAUCACCGCAGCCCUGCACCGGCACGGCGGCGGCUCCCGCCCACUCAGUUGGCAGUGCCGCUUACAGUACUCGGGGGGUAAAGUCUCAAGAUUUGAGGGAUUUUGUUUUGGCAGAGGUUCCCGCUGCUCGUGUCCUUGUGUCCUCUGAUGUCCUGUUUCGAAAUGUGAUGUACGAAGCUUGUGACCCGAAGCCGCUGGCAUUAGUUUUCGGAAAAGUUGAAGUUGUUUUGCUAUCUUGUCUUCAGCAAAAAAGCAAAAUCAUAUACAAACAAAUGCCAAACAUUUUAAACAUUUUCAUUGGCAAAUAGUUUCCAGUGAAAUUCGAGCACUGUUGUGUAGUUGUGAUAUAGUUGCAUUUGUCACUUAUUCCCACCCGCGCGUCAAUUUUGCAUCAUGAAUACACAAAUUAGGUACGAAAUAUUCAUCUUGGCAUUUUAGUUUUGCCGUUUUGCAAUGUUUCGUACGUCUCACUUUUACCCUACAAACUGUACAACAUGAAAAGGCACUCUGUACCACCACCACCACCGGUCAAUAAAAUACUAUUUUACAUAA